GAACGGGAUUCCCUAAGUUGUUUGUGGUGUUCAAGGUCAGUAUUGGAAUAAUGAUCUGGUGGACGCCAUUGCCUACUUCCCCUCCAGUAUCGAUACACUUGAGCCAUCUGUUGCUUUCUCCUAUUCCCGACACAUUCUGACACUGUGACUGAACAGGCACAGACACGUCGCUGCAGUGUGCCCAACAUGACUAAACCUGUUCUCCUGCUACUGGUCGUUGGGCUUGCCCAGUGUCUGGGACAAACCUAUAUCUAUCCGUACACAUACCAGUGCAAUGAGGGCAAGUGUGUGAAGGAGCCUGCGAGUGAUGACAAGCCCUACCUGUCCUUCAACGUGUGUAUGCUGCAAUGUUCCCCCUACGCAGGAGUCUGGCCGCGGCCCGCACACAUCACAGUGGACAAGACAGUCGUUCCUGUCAACUCCAACAGCAUCACCAUCAUCAGCUCUGCUCUCGGUGCUAAGUCCACGAAUGACAAGACAGCUAAGAUGGUGGAGGAGCUCACGUCCCAGUUUACGAGGCUGAUGUCGGCCGAGGACAAGGGGAAGGAGCCUCGGCAGCUGCGAAGGUCCAUGGAGGUAUCUCUGCAGCUAGAACACCCAGAUGUUUUAUCACUCACUCAGGACACAGACGAGAGCUACAACCUUUCCGUCUCACAGUCUUCUGAUGGUAGGGUGAUCGUGGUGGUAGAAGCCCCCAACUACUUCGGUGUGCGCCACGGACUGGAGACUCUGUCACAGCUGGUGGUGUACGACUACGUGAGUCGUGGACUGGUGGUACCAGGCUCCGUAACGGUGCAGGACCGGCCAGCAUACCCCUACCGUGGUGUUCUGCUGGACACUGCUCGCAACUACGUGUCUGUACCUGCUCUGCACCGACUCGUCGACGCCAUGGCAGCUAACAAGCUGAACACCUUCCACUGGCACAUCACAGACUCUCACAGCUUCCCAUUCCACUCACGCUCCUUCCCCCAAAUGUCCCAGUUCGGUGCCUACUCUCCUGAAAAGGUCUACUCGGAGCAGGAUAUUGCAGGGCUGGUGGAGUACGCAAGGAUACGCGGUGUGCGGGUGGUGCCAGAGCUAGACGCUCCAGCGCACGUCGGGGAAGGGUGGCAGUGGGCCGACGAACACAACGCCACCGUGUGCUUCAAGAAGGAACCUUGGCAAAAGUUCUGUGUAGAGCCUCCUUGUGGCCAGAUCAACCCCACAAGUGACUAUGCAUAUGAGAUCUUGCAAGGACUGUACGCUGACAUGGAGAGGCUGUUUGACUCUGACCUGUUCCACAUGGGAGGGGACGAGGUCAACAUCAACUGUUGGAACUCCACCGAAGCUAUCCAAGAGUGGAUGGCCACCAAGAACUUGAAGACUGACGAAGACGGACUGCACCAGCUGUGGAACAUAUUCCAGACCAAAGCACUGGAGAAGCUGGACUCAGUGAGCCGGAAACCCCACAAGAUAGUGGUCUGGACCAGCUCACUUACUGAGAAGGGACGAGUGGACAAAUACUUGGACAAGGAUCGCUAUAUCAUCCAGAUCUGGACCACAGGGAAGGAUGAGAUUAUCGCUGAACUUGUCAACAAAGGCUUCCAAGUCAUCUUCUCCAACUAUGACGCCCUCUACUUUGAUUGCGGGUUUGGAGCAUGGGUGGGUGAAGGCAACAACUGGUGUUCCCCAUACAUCGGGUGGCAGAAGGUUUACGAGAACAAGCCCCUGAGUAUGCUGCAAGCUCUGGGAGUAGAUACUACAAAGGAGGAGGUCAAGAAACUUGUGCUGGGACAGGAGGCUACUCUGUGGACGGAACAGGCUGAUGAUCAGGUGGUAGACCAGAGACUGUGGCCUAGGGCUGCCGCGAUGGCAGAGAGACUGUGGUCAGACCCUGCGGACUCGUGGAAGGCUGCAGAGCACCGCUUCCUCCAUCACCGCGAGAGACUCGUGGCCAGGGGCGUCCCCUCCGACUCUAUCGAGCCCCAGUGGUGCCUGCAGAACCAGGGCUACUGCUACUUGUAACACUGCCAGUUGUAAACACUCCUGACAAUAAUAUACUUUUUUAUUCAUUUUA